GAAGGACAGAGCCGGUUCCGACCGAUCGACGGACGAGGGGCCAGACGGCGGCCGAGGCGCACCAGCUGCCCACUGCCCACUCUCCCGCCCGGCACUCCAGCCCCAGCGCCCACCGCAGCCCCAGCCCCAGCCCCAGCGAGAUGCACGGCCUUGGUUGUCGGGCACGGGUGACCACCAAGCCGGAGCCCGCGCGUCCGGGUCCCUAGCGCCUCGUGCCGCCGCCCUACCUUGGGGAGGGCCGCGGAGACCCCAGCGUCAGCUGGCCCAGGUGCUCUGCCCAAGGGGCCUGCCCAGCCCCGCUAGGAGCGUCGGCCCACCAUGCUCCUGCUGUCACCGCGCAGCGCGCUCCUCUCCAUCUAUUGCCCGCAGAUCUUUCUCAUCCUGUCCAGCGGCAGCUACCUAGCGCUGUCGUCCGUCGUGGCCCUGGGAGCCAACAUCAUCUGCAACAAGAUCCCCGGCUUGGCCCCACGGCAGCGCGCCAUCUGCCAGAGCCGGCCCGAUGCCAUCAUCGUGAUCGGGGAGGGGGCCCAGAUGGGCAUCAACGAGUGCCAGUACCAGUUCCGCUUCGGACGCUGGAACUGCUCUGCCCUCGGCGAGAAGACUGUCUUUGGGCAAGAGCUCCGAGUAGGGAGCCGUGAGGCGGCCUUCACGUACGCCAUCACCGCAGCCGGCGUGGCCCACCUUCUCCAGUCUCCACCCCAGGACAUCAUCCAGGUGCAGAGAGCCUCCCCCCACCAAACUCCAGGCCACCAGCCUCAGGGCCCAUCCAGCACCCACAUCAUGCUCAUUUGA